AUGUCCGUAACACUGGCGGACCCUUACAGAGGCUUCGCAAUCAACUACUCCAAUGCGGGCAAGACCGAUGACCAAGAUUUGCUUUCAUUCGAUACACGACCCAAACUGACAGGACUCCCUUUUCCACCCGACACUACACACCCUCCCUAUGAGUCGCCGCAUUCGCAGGUGACAGCGGCAUCUUUGCUCCCCCAUCCAGCACCACAGGCUCACAGCCAUCAUGAAUCUUCAUCCGCCUAUCUCUCGGGUCAACAGAUGAUCCCUCGUCAUCUACCAUCCUAUGUCUAUGACCUCGCAUCAGAAGAGAGCAGGAAGCGGAGGCGCUCCAUCGAGCACGAGGUAGACCAUGACCGCGCCAUGGACCGCAGUAUCGAUCGCCAUAUCAGACUCCGCGAAUCCUUGCCGACACUCUCUAUGGAUGGCCAGGUGUCUGGGUCUGAGCCAACAGACAUGCUUUUCUCUGUACAUCACGAUUCUCUCACCUCUCUGCCUCCCACAAACCAUGGCUAUGGCACAACGAUCUCCCUCCCACUGCCCCAACAACAUCACCACCGCCUUCCUUCUCAUUACACAGACCACCGAGGCUUAGAGUCAUUGUCACCUACUUACCCCGGCGGCCCUCCGACUGUCGUAGGCCAGCCAGGGAUGCCAGAGCCGGCGCCGAGGCCGCGGGGCCCCAAGCUCAAGUUCACACCCGAAGAAGAUGCGUUAUUGGUCGAGCUGAAGGAGGAUAAGAACUUAACGUGGAAGCAAAUAGCGGACUUCUUCCCGGGCCGGACCAGCGGCACCUUACAGGUGCGCUACUGUACAAAGCUCAAGGCGAAGGAUGUGAUCUGGACAGAUGAAAUGACGCAACGACUUGUAAGGGCAGUGAAUGACUACGAAAACGACAGGUGGCGCAUUGUCGCCGCAAAGGUCGGGAAUGGAUUUACGCCUGCAGCAUGCCGGGAACAGGCCACACAGUAUGACCUCGUUGCCCAGGCGCAGGGGGCAGCUCAGCGUGCACAUGGAGCCCAGGAGGAGGAUUCUUUAGAAUCCGUGCACGAGGGGUUGGAUUCAGCGCAUGAUAGCAUGGGUCCUGUUCACGACAGUAUGGUUCCCAUUCAUGAUGGUAUGGGUUCGAUGCACGAUAGGAUGCACGAUAGCAUGGGUUCAAUCCAUGGCGCGGAAGGGCUGGGGCCAGCCCAUAAUGGAGAUACCCUGGGCGUAUAG